AACACUCAGCAGAGACUGUGGAGACAAGACCGCCAGAGACAGAAAGAGAUCUGUGAUGUCAGCUGUGGAGUUUCCUUUGUUUCAUUUUCAUCAACUGAACUUCCUGCACGUUUACUGCAUUCUCGGUGUGAAAGCUGUCCUGUGGAGGGAGAGACCGACCGUCUCAAGCAUUGAAUUAGGAUGUUUGUUCUCAUCUGGGCGACUCUGCUCUUCUCUGUGAGAGGCAGCAAUGCAGGUGCAUCCGUGAGGGAAAGACAACCCUGUCAGAAUAGAUUCUGUAUCACUCUUACUGAAGGAGAAAUAACAGCAGAGGCUGGACUCUGUGUUGUGAUACCGUGCUCUUUCACUACUCCUGAUAGCUUCAAAACCCAACAUAUAGUUUGGUACAAAUGUGAACCAAGUAAACAAAGAUGUGGUGAUUCUGACAUGAUAUUCCACACAAACAAGAACAACAUGAAAGUUCAGCCUGGGUUCAAAGGACGAGUGUCACUGUUGGAGUCUGACCUGAGUCAAAAGAACUGCAGCAUCGUCAUCAAUGACCUCACUGCUUCAGAUUCUGGAUCAUAUCAACUCAGAGUUAAUGGUGUCCAGUUUCAGAAAUCAAUUGGAUUUACCUUCUCUUUUAGAACAACAACUGUCUCUGUCAAAGAUCUGAGUCAGAAGCCCACAGUGAUGAUUCCUCCACUGACUGAGGGACAGCAGACCACACUGACCUGCACUGCUCCUAGUCUCUGCUCUGGAUCUGUUCCUACAAUCACCUGGAUGUGGAGAGGAAUAGGAGAGAAUGACUCUCACAUUACAGGAGACAUCAUGACUGAGAAUCUGGCUGUUGUCACACAGACACACAGCUCAACUUUGACCUUUAACUCUUCAGCUGAACACCAUGGCACCAAUGUGACCUGUAAGGUCAGCUUCACAGGUGACACAACUACAGAGGAGACGGUGACUCUGAACGUGACCUGGUUUGCAAAGAUCCUAAAUGGCUCUGGAUGUGUGGCUCAGUCGACAGUUCUGACCUGUGGGUGUAUCAGUCAGGGGGUUCCCUUACCCACCAUUAAAUGGCCGCUGAUGAAGAACCACAAUGAGUACUCUGUCAUUACCACUGUGUCAAACCACACAGUCAACAGCACCAUCACCCUAACUGUAAAAGACCACAAUGACACUGCUGUUGAGUGUGUCAGCAGCAAUGAAAAUGGAGAAGCAAAAGAAAAACUCACCAUCAUCCAAAUGAACACGCCAGAACAAGAAGGUCAAUCCAGUUUACUAAAAAUUGUUUCACGGCUGGACAUCAUCAUUGCAUUUUUGACUGGGGUACUUCUUUCAGCAACCCUUUGCUGUUUGGCAAAGAAAUGCCAUAGAGAAAAACAGAAGAGCUCUGGAAAUCUGGAUGGGACCCUGGAGAUGGUGACCACCCAAGAGGAUCCACUGAUACAUGCUGGUCAAGCAGUGGAAGAUGAUCAGACCAACCACCAAGAGGCACCAAAAGAUGGAGCUGAGGCAGUGGAGAAAGGAGCCCCUGAUCUCGAUGGUGGACCAAAAGACGCGGAGUACGCCAGCAUUGACUUCUCCGUGUUGAAAAGAAGAAGUGCCAGGGGGGCAGCAAAGAAGCAAGAGACCACAGAGACAGAGUAUGCUGAAAUUAAGAGAGAAGAAAAAGUGGAAAGGCAAGACAGUGGCGGAGUGCCAGAUGAAGUGUUGGAGUGCAAAGAGGAGGAGUCCGUGAUAGCAGAGGAUGAGGAGAUAAAACAUUGUGUGCCUGAAGAGGAGGAAGCAGAGGAUGCUGCGUUGUAUUCCAAUGUGAAGGAUAUAAUGGGUGAGAUUUGAGGACUGUACAGCUUAGUGAAGUCACUUGAGGAUUAAGUUUCUUCUGCUCAUCAGACAUGAUUGAUUGUCAUUCUGAUGUGUAAAUGACAGUACUGUGUAAGCUUUCUACCACAGAGCAGUGAUCUUCAAAACCAAAAUUCGACCUCAGGUAAACUGAAGUAAUCAGGACAGUUCACACUUCUACACUUUCUGGCUGUUCAAAUCCAUCCAUGCAACUAAAAAUGGACUCGAAGUUGCACAGAAUUUCCUUGUUGAAAUGAUAUUAUAUACCUUUAUUUAACUAGGAUAAGUACUGCAUGUGCCCAAAGUGUCCCUGUGGUUUAUUCAAGUGUCCGUUCUAGAUGUCUCCUGUGCUUCUCUACUUCAGGCAAAAUGAACCCUUUUCAAAAACCCUGUUUAAGGAGGAGGUGUCUUUUUUUCAUUUUUAUUAGCUAGCAGCUUGGCUCUAUGGAUGGCAGUGUGAGUCUGUCAGUCUUACAGCUGGUUGGUCAGACCACCACUUUGGUCCAUACUGAAACAUCUCAACUACUGGAUGGAUUGCUAUGAAAUUUUGUAAAGUCAUUCAUGAUUCUCAUAGAGGAGGGAAGGUCAUACUAAGAAGCUGUAACUUUUGACAUUCCCACUGAAUUUGCCAAACUUAGACUGCAGACGCCUCUUAUUAGCCUCAGCUGAACUUUGGAAGAUGAUUUUUGCUCAGAAUGAGGACUGUAGAUUUUGUUCCCCAUCCCUUGAAUUGUGAUCUCUAACAUUGAGGAAUGGCUCUCUUCAGGGCCAGUAUGGACAGAAGGAACAUUUUCAGCAACCAAAAACGGUUUUAAUGUACAUACAGUAUGGGGUAUUGUUUCAAGACAGACUCGAUAAAUGUGUAAUUAUCCUUUAAAGUGGUGUGAAUUUGCAUGAAUGUUAAAUAGAAGUUUUUCUCUAAUAAUUUCCAGAAAUUAAUGAUGAUUACAUUUCAGAUGCAAUAGUUUUCACAAAGACAUUUAUAUUUUAAUUAAAUUUAUCUUUUCAAGUUAAAACAUUUCACAAUAACAAUAAAAAACAAUAGCAAGAUGGCUGAAGUCGCAGUGACUGAGCACACAGCAUGCAGAAAAUAUGGCUGACAAAGAGAACUACACCGACAAAAGACCAGACCAUGUGGUUUCUUGAGACCAUGUGUGCAGCCAGAAGCAGUGUGUGCAAAGCUAGGUUUUAAACCUCUUAACUGUGUCGUUCUCUGUUUAAGGCCAAUUGGUGUAGGCUAAAGGUGCCAGGUUAGGGAGAGGUUAGUUGCAUGCAAAGCCUAGUUACUGGAUGUAACAUGUGUUAAGCACGCUAACAUUAACUUGAGCUGCUGGCACUAGAAAACUUAGUUACUGAGUCUUAGGCAGGCUCUCACGUCUUCUGCUGUAAAGAAAAUAGUUCUGUGUGUGUCUGCUGUGAGCAGGCCACACCAGAGAGCAGAGAGCUGCUCCAGCAGCAGCUAUGAGAGGAAAGAGAGGGGAGAGAGAAGAGGGGGAUCUCUAGUUUUGUUAACCUGGGUCCAUGGGUGGGGUUCACAUUUGGGUGCAAACAACCACAGACUCUGGAGAGAUAGGGUUUCUUGAGGACUCCCUUUGUUUCUUAGAGUCUUGAAACAUGUAGUCAGCCAGUGAGACCCAACAGUAUCUAUAGUACUGGUACUGUUGUCAAUCAUCAUAGAAACAUAGACAAUAGAUUACUUCCCCUUUUAAAAUUGUGUUGCAAGAAUCAGCCAGGCUCACAGUGGCCAGAGUGAGCAGGUUGUUAAUGUAAAAUGCACCAGUUUUUGUUGUGAAUUUAAACAGCGAAUUGUCAGAAGCAAUUACUUCUGGUACACUCUGCAAUGUUUACAGGUUCAAUGUGUGGGCUUAUAGUAACUGAUAAAGACAACUUUGUGGCCAGUUCUUACUUAAAAUACUUAUAAUCUAACACCUCAAUGUGUGAACAGGAAGUUAUUUGAGAGAAUGCAAUGAUACCAUUUAAGUAGUGUUUAAAUGAAUAAUCACUUUAGUGACUCUUCUGAGAACAGAACUCAUAGGGAUUGCGCAAUAAACCAUAAAACCAUGAACCAUAACAACAGACUUUCACAAAUAUAUUUUCUUUCUAAUAGACUGCAUACAGUUUGAAUGAAUACAGAUAGUUCUUGAAUCUGCAGGUAUUUAAUGCAUGCAAUCAAUCAGGAGUUGUCAUUUUGACUAUCUCUUACAAUGUA